AUUUGUCCAGGAUACUUGAAAUAGGAAUAAAGGUACUUGUUAAUUUGAAGUAAACGUAAAUAUUUGAAAGAGUGAUUGAGCGUUGAUAUAAAUUUCUAGAUCAUUUACAUGAUAACGGAGUUUUGGAUUUACACUAAGAAAACUGACAGAUUUGUGACUGACCAUACUCUAGCGACUAGAGACGUAAGAAUAUCAUGGAACUCUUAGUAUAAAUAAAAGUUAUUAAUAACCACUAUACGAUUACAAUAGUGCCGUGACGUUACAAUAACCACUAUACGAUUACAUUGGUGCAGUGACUUAACUCUUGAACCGACAGGCAAGUUCCUGCCAGAGAACGAUAAUAGAACCUGGUAGUAAUUUAUUGAAAUUUUUUGGGCAUAUUUUUUGUGUUGUAUUCUACAAAUGUCCAGCUUUGGCCCAUUUUAUGUAAUGUACACAAUUUUGAACCCUUUAUUGUUGCAGUAUUUUGUGGUAAUCGAAAACCAGAUCCUGUGGAAGAAUACUUGGAUGAUCUUUUGUCUGAGCUCAAAGACUUGAUGCAGAAUGGGUUGUAUGUUAUUGAAAAAUGGUACCGAGUCAGUAUUUUUGCUUUUGUUUGUGACGCACCUGCUAGAGCAUUCCUAAAAUAUAUCAAAGGACACACUGCUUAUUAUAGUUGUGAAAGAUGUAUAAUCAAAGGGACAUGUAAUGGACGUGUUGUGUUUAAUUCUGAUACUGUUGCAUCUCCACGUACAAAUGAAAGAUUCCAAAACCUUGAAUAUGAUAUUCAUCAAACCAAAAGGUCCCCUCUAAUUGACAUUGGGUUUCCAUGUGUCACUUCGUUCUCCCUGGACUAUAUGCAUCUUGUAUGCUUGGGUGUCACCAAAAGAAUAUUGACAUUUUUGAAACAAGGACCAAGAGAAUGCAGAUUGUCUCAUCAGCAGUUGACCAUCCUCUCAGAAAAAAUGAUGAAUUUAAAUGGCAAGAUGCCAAGAGAAUUUGCCAGGCAGCCAAGGUCUUUGGAUUAUUUGGAUAAGUGGAAAGCCACAGAAUUUAGACAAUUUUUGCUUUACACGGGAAGUCCCCCACCAGUAAGAAAGUCUCCAAGGAAGCCACAGGGACGGGAACAAUCUCAAAUUCAGUUACCUCCCAAAAAGCGAGCAAAAACAAAUGAAUUAAGUGCAGCUGUUUCAAGACCAAGCCAGAUUUAUGAAGAUUUGUCUUCAGAUGAAGAAGAAAACGAGACUGAAUCAAUUCCAAGAAGGUCUCCCAGGAAGCACAAAGAUUCGAGACCAAAGGAUUCUUCGCCUACUCAAAGAAAUUCUUCACCAACUCAAAGAAGGCGGAUGACAGCACUUCCCCCUCUGGAGUCUGAUGACUCUGAGCGAUCAGUUGAUAGGAGAAGCCCCAGCACCCCAACUGCUUCUGGCUAUCCAAUGCCAACAGAAAGAUUUCAGCGUCGAGUCAUACAGCUGUUGGUUGAAAUUAGAGAUAACCUUAGGAAAGGAGAUCAUGGACGGAGGAUGGAGGAGGAACAAGGAGAGUUUGAGGUCCCUGAGUGUGAUCAGAUACCUGAGUUUGAGGAGUUCGACAAUUCUCUAGAUGAUAGGGAACUACAAAAAAAGAUAAAAACAAAGAUGAGAUUAACUGGGGGCACCAGUCUUGGAGACCAUGUCAAAAUUGCCAUUAAAAGAUGCAUGACAAACGGUCUAAUGGCGAAGAUGAAUCUGAAAGGGAAGAAAGGGAAAUAUGCCUUUGGAAACACAAACAUCUGCAGAAUUAUCAAAGACGCAGUAAUUCAAAGCCAUCCAAAUGCAACGGAAGCAAACAUCUUUGAUGAAAUGAGCCGAUUUCUGAAGUACGCGCCAGGAAGAAUUGGAAAAGGUGGAAGAGGAAAGGAGUCAUGGUAAUUAAUUAUUAUGGUUAUUUAAGAAAUAAACAGCAAGUUAAAAAGUUCAAUGGCAUAUGAAAUUGGUUGGUCACGUGAUAAAAUCCUAUGAAGCCCAAAGGGCUUCUCAGAAGAUUUGAUCACGUACCAACCAAGUUCAUAUCCCAGUAAACUUUUUAACAUUGCCGUUUAUUACGUAUAUUUACAUUUGAAAAAAGCAAAUUGUUCAGUCUUAUUAACAUCAAGAUUUUAUGUUUACAAUAAGACAAGCGAUAAGUGUGUGCUAUGAUCAUUUUGACAUUAUGAAAAAGUUCAUACAGAAUUGAAUGUUUUUUGCUAUUAUGUAGGUUCAUAUAAG